AUGAGGUUGCGCAACAAGUCCUCCUCUACGCCUUCGAAGCAGGCGGCCACGCCUUCGAAGGCUGGAUCUGUCGUCCUGCCCCUGGAAGAAAUUCAGGUCUGCAUCGCCGACGCCUUGACGCACGUGUUCGGAGACAAGAAGAUCGUCGGUACUUUGGUAGACAAGAUGGCAGGGACUGCGAGCCAAGCGAAGGCCAUGAGCGCAGUAGUGACAGCCAUCAAUGCCAACUCCAGGGAGUUCAUUACUGCCGCCAAGGACGCCGGCAAAGAAGCAUGA